UUGCUUGAGCUCGUCCCGAUAAAAACAAGCAGAGAAGGAAGCGACGACAUCAAUUCGUUUCUUACUUUCUGAUCAUCAUCUGUCACUAUUUUAUCAACGAGCUAGCGGCUCUGUGAGCACGGACACUUUUAUAAACCGUUUUUAGUUUUUAUAUAUAGAUUAUUUAGCUUUGACACAGCUGCUACCUCUGUUUUUCAUCUACUGCCAACUGGUUGACUUUGACGCAAUAUGCCUUCAGAAAAAACCUUCAAACAAAGAAGGACAUUCGAGCAGAGAGUAGAAGAUGUCCGACUGAUCCGGGAGCAGCACCCCAACAAGAUACCUGUGAUCAUUGAGAGGUAUAAAGGAGAAAAACAGCUCCCCAUCCUGGACAAGACCAAGUUCCUGGUGCCAGACCACGUCAACAUGAGUGAACUCAUCAAGAUUAUCAGGAGGCGCCUCCAGCUAAACUCCAACCAGGCUUUCUUCCUGCUGGUGAACGGUCACAGCAUGGUGUCCGUGUCUGCGGCCAUCUCUGAGGUGUACGAGCGGGAGCGGGACCAGGACGGCUUCCUCUACAUGGUCUACGCCUCCCAGGAGACCUUCGGCACCGUCGUCAGCGCCCAGUGAAAAACGGCCUUCCUUCUUCUCUUCCACCCUGGCCAGCGAUUGGACAAUUCUAGUUUUUAGCCCCCCCUCCCUCCUCCUUCUCCCACCGCCAUGUUUUCUCUCCGGUAACACGGUCGUCUUUGCCACGUUAGUCUUUGACUGUAAGAA